CUUGUUCAGGCUGGGGUCAUCAGAGGAACUCUUUUGGGACUUAAAUAUUUGAGGAAAGAUCUCGGUGGUGCUGGGGGUUCGAUUGUCAAUGUCGCGUCAAUGGCAGGUAUUUUCCCAGUCGACUACGGCCCUGCCUAUUGUGCUAGUAAACAUGGUGUGAUCGGUUAUACGAGAAGUUGGGCGUCUCAUCCAGAAGUUGUAAAAAAUGGCGUUCGUCUUCUCUGCCUUUGUCCAGCGUAUGUUAAAACGGACAUGUUGAAUUACCAGCCCGAAUCUCCCGAAGAUGUCGCACGGGCUCAGGAGUUGAUGGAGGCUUUUGGCAUCAUGAGGGUGGAAGAGGUAUCGGAUGCUUUCAUUAAACUUUUAGAAGAUUCGGACAAUAACGGAAGUGUCCUGUCUGUAACAAAACAGAACACGAUGUAUUGGAAAAUGCCAGUUCCGGAAUUUUAACUUUAAAAACAUAUAUGCUGUUUUGAGCUAUAGUCAUUGCAUUUUGAACAUAGUGUACUUUCGAUGUCCAUCAAAGGAUUAUUUAACUUAGUAGUGUAUAAUCAGACUUGAAAAAAGAUUAUUUCUUUUGUGAACUGCAUGGUAUAUACGUAUAUAUAUAAUCUAUACAUAUAGAGAAUAGUAUACAUUAAAGAGUGGUCAAAACGUA